AUCUCUGCUUUCAUCGCAGGUAGAAGACAGCGUGAUGGAUGUGUACGAUUUUGUGUACGAGGAGGUGAGGAGGAAUGCCUCCAGCUUCAGGAGGCACGAGCUGACUGCCAUCCAUGAAGCAUUCCUGUGCUGCGGGAAGCACUCUCCUUUUGGGGACACCACCAGUGUUGAGCAAAAGACAUGCCCGCCCGGCCAGGUGCACGAUGCGGGACAGGACUGCCUGCGAGAGAUCCAGGACUUCCUGAAGAAGCACAUGGACUUUGUCUCCACGCUCCUGGGUGUCACCAUCGGCUUCUCGGUUUAUGGGAUGAUCCUGACUUCAUUCCUCUGGUUCUCCAUCCACUUCAGCAGCAGCCUGGACCGGAAAGGCAAAUACAUCCUGCGAGAGAGGUAG